UAAACUUAUAUGAGAAAAUUUAUUUAAUUCUGAAUUCUAAAAAGCGGCUGAUAAGGUUCUAUGAUUUUUACUGGUUAUAUAUACGUUAAACAACAACAACAACAGCAUGCAGCAGCGGAAAAAAUACAACAAAUACACAAUGCAUUAUAUACUUCUAAAAACGCGAAACAGAAAAGUAUCAAAUAUUCUCUUUUUUCCCCUGCUUUAUUGAACAACCCUUUUAUAGAUUUAUUUUGUCUCUCGCUGCGAGAGGGCGCUUCUAUCUCAUUAUUCAUGAUAUCGUAAUCAGCGGAUAUAAAAUGAGGAACUUAAUUGCUUAAGAAUUAAAGAAGGAUUUUGAAGAGAACAAAAAAUGGAAGUACUCGCAGAUGACGGCAAGUUGUACUCCCAAUAUAAUAAUGGAAUUCAAUGUGACAAUGAAGAAGAAAUUAACUUUUGCGCACAGUCAAAAGACGGGGAAACUUGGACUGUUCCAUCUUUAACAAAUAUUGAAAACACUGACACUGUCCAUUACGAAACAUUUGAUAACUCCGAUACCGGAAGUUGGAAUAGUGACACUCCGCUUCUUCUUGUUGUAAACGAACCAAUCGAGAGUAAACUGCCAGAAACUGUCGAUUGUCUCUGAAAAGACCGAGAUGGAUAUAAAAGUCGGUUACCAGUUUGAAUGUCGUUCAAAAAUGAUGCCCAUACCACUGUCACUGUUGACGAGACAAAUGAAAACAUUAAGAACGAAGAGGACAUAUUUGGAUCUGAUUUAAGUAUAGCCUACUCUAUUGUGCAUGAUUUUGAGGUAGUUCAAACCAAUCCAGUUAAUGUUUUUGGAAGCGGAUGGGAGUUUGGGAGUGUCUGUAGCAUCUAUGGGUCAGGUGAUGUUUACAAGAAUCACUCUAACACAGUCGAGCGCCUUGGAUUCAAUCCAUUAUCUGCUGGACAGGACAGACUCUUGUCUAAAAUAUUUAAGGAAAAGAUAGGCAGUAUGCAGUUUGAUAAAUCCAUGUUUGGCGAAUCUACGAAGUUCACCAAUGAUGACAAAACGAUUGACAUUGCUGCCCCUGUUAAGACGAAAAAUCUAAAAAAUUUGCUGAUACUUAGUACCGGCGUAACAUUGUUACAUGUUGCAAUAUUUGGCCUCCGGAAUCUGCAAAGCAGCAGAAUGAAUAGUGAAGGUGGACUUGGCGUGUACUCACUAGCAACGUUAUUCGGAGCCUUUAUGUUUGGAAGUUUGGCAAGUCCAUUUAUUGUUCAAAGAUAUAAACCAAAACUAUGUAUGUCUGUAUCUUGUUUCGGGCAUUUAGUUUACGUUGUUGCUAACUAUUUCCCAAGCUUCUAUGUUAUCAUUCCUGCCUCAGUUAUCUAUGGUUUAAGCAAUGCCUUGCUAUGGAAUGCUCUGUGCACAUACAUCACGGAGCUGGGACUCGACGAAGCUUUUCUGAAGAGAAAGAUCACCAGCAGUGUACUAAGCCGCUACUUUGGCAUCUUUUUCCUGGUACUACAGAUGUCAAUGGUUCUCGGAAAUCUUAUAUCCUCUAUAAUCUUUUCACAGUCGGAUAAAAGAAUGAAACUGCAUCAAGACGAUCGUGCAAUAACUGAAAAUAUAAACAAUGCAUCAACAAUUAUCUACGAAUUCAUCUCAAAUGGUACCGGCACCGAGUUAACGGAUAUAAACUUUAACGAAGCAGUUGCCAAGGGUAAAUGUGGUGCUGCCCACUGUGAGUUGAGCUCUGACAGUGAGUCUAAAUCAAAUGUUGACGAUCUCGAUAAACUAUUCUUACUUGGUACAUAUUCCAGUUGCGCAGUUCUAUCCAUUUUGGUCAUUCAGUGCUUUUUGGACAAACUUCCCAACUAUACACCACAUCGCUUAACUCUGAGGGAAUCUUUGUCACAAGCAGGAUCCGUUGUUGCUAUGGUGAUAGACCCUAAGUUUUGCUUUAUCGUAAUGUUGUGCCUCUACACUGUAAUUAGCAAUGGUUUUGUUGUUGCAGACGUCCUCAAGGCAUACGUUACAUGUCCACUUGGUGUGAGAAUGGUAGGAUACUCGAUGAUAUGUUUUGGAAUCUGCGGCUCAAUUAGUUCUUACAUAUUUGGGAAACUGGCUAAAUGUACAGGCAACCUGGCAGCAUUUAUAGUGGCGUCUGCGUUGAAUGUGACCUCACUUGCGUUGAUGGCGGUUUGGGAACCAUCUAGUGACGACCAAUACUUGUUGUUUGCUUUCAUUGGUGCUUGGGGAUUUGCAGACGGCAUUUGGCAGUCUCAGAUUAAUAGUUUAAUAUCAUCACUGUUUGCUGAUAGAUAUGAAACUGCGUUCGGAUGUUGUCGGGUUCUACAAGGACUUGCUGGAAUCAUUGUGUUCACGUUGUCAAACAUGUUAUGUAUGAUGUCAAAAAUUAUUUUCACUACAGCGACAUGCAUUCUGUCUGUUGUGCUAUAUAUUGCUAUGGAGGUAAUUGGACGGAGGUCAAGAGCUACCGGUACAUCUAUUGGGACUGAAAUUUAUGUGAAAUAGGAAGUUGGAGGAUUAACCCUGAAAUGCAUUGUAUUGUGAAAUAGAGUCAUACAAAUGUGUGGACUAUUAAUGUUCUAGGGACCAUUUCCACGAACUUAUUCCGAGUAUUCAGUGAAAAUGGAAAUUCCUGACAGCAAGAAAUACAGCUCUUAAAUCAUUGCACACAUUAACCUCAUUCUUACAAAAUGUAGUUAUGAAUGUAGAACAUGCUAUUUUAUUCUUUGUUGUUUUUCUGUUAGGUAAUUAAUUUUUUCUGUCAUAUACGAGUGUAUAUACAUGUAUAAGACCGAGUGUAUAUAAGACCUUUUUUAUUGAUUUUUACAGGGUUUUCUCUGUACUUUUAAUUUUAAAGGAGCCCCACUGAGGUCAAAAAGAGUAAAAAUGAAAAAUUCUUGCAUAAAUAAAGUGAUUCACUUAAAAUGAAAACAUCUACAGAAGAUAAUAAAGAAAUAUACUCAAACGUUGUACUUAAAAUCGAUUUUUGCACGAUUUUAGCCGGCUUUGAGUGAAAAGCUUUCAACGCUUGUUAUUUUCUGGUCAAAACUUCAGUGGAGGCCCUUUAAUGUAUCAUCUACACAACUCUGUUAAUCAAAUGUCUUUCUUUAAUUUAUAUUUUAUCAUAUCAAACCAGACAACUUAAUCAUCCAGUCGGACAUGAACUAUACAACAUCAUAUCAAACCAGACAACUUAAUCAUCCAGUCGGACAUAAUCAAUACAACAUCAUAUCAAACCAGACAACUUAAUCAUCCACUCGGACAUAAGCAAAACAACAUCAUAUCAAACCAGACAACUUUCAAAUCGUUCGCUCUGGCUUGGCUUAGAUAAUAAACCAGACAAAUUAAUCGUCCACUCAGGCAUAAACUAUUCACCCUCAUACCAAACCAGACAACUUAAACCAGUAUAUCAAGCCAGGCAACUUAAUCGUUAGCUCUGGCUUAAAUAAUAAGCCAGACAACUUAAUCGUCCACUCUGACAUAAACUAUACACAAUCAUAUCAAGCCAGGCAACUUGAUCGUUCGCCCUGACUUAGAUAACACACCAUCAUAUCAAACCAGUGAACACAAUUGUCCAUGCAGACUUAAUUAUUAUGCCAAAGUUGUCAUUAUUAUGAAAAACAAAUCGUUUCCAUUAGAAACCCAUGUACUUAGUUCUAGUGCAUGUUAAAUACUUUUGUGACAAAGCUAUUGCAUAAAGUAUUGCAUGGCGAAAAGAGAAUUUUUAUCAUAUAUUGUAGCCAUAUCGUGGUUAUGUUUUUCUGAUUUUUGUACUAAUAUUUUUGUCUUAGAGCAGUUAUCAACAAAUCAAUCAAACACAUUUUACUGUUUUUUGUUGUUGUUAAUUUUAAUGUCUUAAAACGGAGACUUUCAUAUAAAUGUGCAUAUAGAAACAUAAAAAUUAUUGGCGAUGUACAGUAGAGCAGCAUAUUGAAUUCUGUCUUCAACGGUACUGCGUCGUUAUAUUUUGAUAUUGGACUUAAAUUCAGGAGAUUCAAAAAAAUAUGUCUUGAAAUUUUGCAUCUAACAGUAUGAACGUAAGGGUUUGGUGUCAGGCUGUAUUGAUAUUUAAUAUGGGAUGAACGUGUCUGGGUUGUAAUUUGUGCCACUUAUUCGUUUGAGAUCAAAAGUUCUACCAUGUAUGUAUUUCAAAUACAAUUUAAAAUGUUUAUUUUAAAUGUACAAAUGAAAGUUGAACUUUCCAAAUGGUAUGAAUGUAUAUUUUAGCUUUAUAUGACAUUGUAUUGUGUUUGUCUGUUAAUGUCGUUUAUGUUAAUGACUCGUGGGCUGUGUGGGUAGGAAGACAUG